CGGAAGAUUGCCACAACUACGAAGCUCAAUUAUAAUAACUCGUUGCCUUUCUCUGACACGGUUUGUUCUUGUCUUGAGUUGCUAAAUCAUCAUUUACAUUUUAUACAAGCUGGGAUAUUCGCACGCGAGCAGGCCUAACCCAUCCUGCACGUCGACGUCACGACUUGUCCAUCCGCAACGACUACCACCCGUGGCACCUGGCUAUCGUCCUCAUCUCCACUUGCCCGCUAAUUGAUAGCAUCCAUUCAACUUGAGAGAACUUCCAUCGCUCCAUCAACAUCACUCAACGUUACCUACCGUCCAGCUUCCUUUGGUUGCCAGACCACGAAAAAAAUGUCCAACCCGAACCCAGUCCCCUCCGAACCCUCCCCCCUCUCCGGCACCACCAUCCCCAGCAGUUUCGACAACGAAUUCUUCGAAGAAUCGCGCUUCCAGAAACUAUGGCGCAAAAUUCGACAAGAGCCUCUCAUCCCCGUCGGCUGCGCUGCGACAUGCUACGCCCUGUACAUGGCGACCAAGUCCAUCCGGGCCGGCGACCACCACCAAACGAACCGCAUGUUCCGCGCCCGGAUCUACGCACAGGGGUUUACAUUGCUUGCCCUCGUGGCCGGCAGCUUUUUCUACAAGGACGAGAGGUUGAAACGAAAGGUCUUCGAGGCCGCGUUGGAAGAGAAGAAGUCCGCGGAGAAGAGGGAGAAAUGGCUCAAAGAACUUGAGGCGCGAGACCAGGAGGACAGAGAGUGGAGAGAGCGGAUUGAGAGGGCGAGUCAAGACGCUAGAGCGGGCGUACAGGACGUCAAACGGUCUGCAGAGACGCUGAUUGAUGAAGGUAAGGAGACUUUGGAGAAGGUCGAACAGCAGGUCGUACCGGGGCAGGCGGAGCAGAAGAAGUCAAGCUGGCCCUCGUGGAACAGGAGCGUCAAGGACGAGAUUGCGAGUCAGGGAUGGGGCCCUGGCAUGUGGGUGUCUAGGACGGGAGACGCAUGGAGGAGGUUCUAAAACGCUCCCCAAGCUGGAUCUUAAUGGGUUUGUGGCAUGAAAUGGGCAAAUAUGCAAAAAUCAUACAGAAUUCAUGGUCAUUCGUGGUUUGGCAUCGGAAGGAAACGCUAGGUCAAUAAGUUACAACAAUGCUCAGUUCUUGCUCGAUGACGGGAUUUCUGCCCAACGACUCCCUUAUGUCCUCUUGUCGAUGGAAACCUACAGUUACAUAUCCCAGCGUAUGGCAUGCUUGCAG